AUGUUGCGAGGCCAUCCAGUUCUGUUGGAGCAGCUGGAGAUCCCCAACAGCGUAUUUGAGUCCCAGGAACUGGCUAAGGUCAAUGACUGGUUGCUGGCUCAGUUGGAUCGGUUGAGGGCAAAGAUCCGCCGAAAUGUAAAUUACUGGUUCAAUCCCGUGAAUUUGCAACAUGACGCUUUCCUCAAAGCAAAACUCAAGGCCUUCACCAAGGAGCUGGAAGGUUGUAAGGAGCUGGAAGGUGGUAACGGAUUACGGGAGCAAUGCAUCCCGCUGACCAUCCUUAUGAGGUUUAAUAGCAUACGGUACAGCACUGCGAACCCGGAGUUCAUCCUCCGAGCAAUAAAUGCUCCCUCGGACUUCUACCGCGUCGCCAACUUCAAUAAGCCGGAGGAGUUAGAACUUGACCCCAACCGCGUACUCAUAUACACCGUCGCCCAACCAGCUAUAUGUCCGGAACCCGCCAUGAGGAACGAAAAGCCCAUGAGUAGCGGGGAGCCCGAGCAGGCCAGCGUCCGAGGCCGCCCGAAAACGGAGUCUGACGUAAGACUUGUGCCGGCUAAAGUCAAGCUACGCGCAUCCUUAUCGACAGCCGGUAAACCAGCCGACCCGGUCUCCGUCUCUGUUAGUGCGCCCAGUGCAAACCCGCUUUUGGAUGAUGACAGUGAGACUGUAUCCCUAAGAGAUGGAGACCAGACCAUGGCGGUGGACCCAUUGAAUACGGCGAUGGCUGGCACGGCCACGGUUGACACGGUCACGGUUGACACGGUCACGGUUGACACGGUCACGGUUGACACGGUCACGGUUGACACGGACACUCGUCCGGCCGUGGUGGGAACGGUCGUGGUUGGUACGGGCGCAGGUGAUAGCGAUUCUUGUCGGGAUGUCGAUGGCAGCGACCAUAAACCUGUGACGACCCUUCCCGCUCUGGAUGCGUCUAGGUCCACACAAAAUACCAGCGCUCAAGUCCAAGGUGAACCAGCCAAAGAAGAUUCAUUAAGCAAGGACAUGGUUAACAAUGUGGACAAGGACGGCGAACAGUGUGUGGAAAUUUGCAUGACGGUCCAGUUGGACCAUCCUUCCACCCCAAUCGAAACCCGAAAAGGAGACAGCGAUGAUAAGUCCGCAACCGAAGCCGACAGGUCCAGCGGGACAGGAAAGUCUGGUAAGACCAACGAGUCUAGUGAAGGGGGGUCUGAACGGGGGAACAGCAAGAUCGAAGGGGGGGCUGGUAAGAACGGCGACUCCAAGCGGUCGGUGGGGGCAAUCGGACGUUGCCCGAUGGCUUCCAGCGUCAUAACCAUUUUGUAA